UCAAAAUGUUCGCCAGCCCAUUGGAGUUCGAUGUCGUGCUGCGCGCCAAAAUGGCCAAUGUGAAUUUGCCCCAACUGUUGCGGCAACGUGACCGUAGCAACCGCAACGCGCUGCAUUAUUGUGCCGCGCAGGAUUUGGAGCAGACGCACGACCUCGUGGCUGCCGCAAGCAUUGCAAUUGCAGCUCCCGAGCUGCUGGAGUCGGCGGAUGAAGAUGGCUUCACGCCGCUUCACUUGGCUGUUAUUCAGGGCAACUUGGCGAUGGUCAAUUUGCUGCUAGCGAACAAAGCCGAUGUGAAUGCGGUGGACAAUGAAGGUCACUCUGUGGUGCACUGGGCAACGGUAUGUGGCGAAAUCGAGGCACUCCGCGCAGUUCUGGCAGCCGGUGCUGGAGUCGCCAAGCCCGAUGUUAAUGGUGGCACUCCGCUUCACUAUGCGGCCCAAAUGUGCGGCGCCAGCUAUGACAGCAAGCUGCAGUCCAAUUCCAGCAAGUUGGCUCUGGAAAUUAUUGGCAUUCUUUUGGCCCAUCCGCAGACCAGCGUCGAUGUUCAGGACAAAGACGGCCGCCAACCGCUGCUCUGGGCCGCAUCUGCGGGCUCGGCCAAGGCAGUCAUUGCCCUGGUAAAGGCGGGUGCACGUGUGGAGAGUGCCGAUAAGGAUGGCCUUACUGCACUGCAUUGUUCCGGCUCGCGUGGUCACACCGAAUGCAUUGAUACGCUAAUUAGUCUGUGCGGUGCACCCACAGAUCUCAUUGACUCCAACGGUUGCACGGCGUUGCAUUAUGCGGUGACACUGGGGCAUGCGGAUGCGACUGCGCGUCUGCUCGAUCUGGAGGCGGAUCCGAAUCGACAGGAUCGCAAGGGUCGCACACCAGCCCACUGUGGCUGCUCCAAGGGUCAGUUCGAGACGUUAAAGUUACUUAAGGAGCGUGGCGCCAAUCUCUGGCUACGCAAUGCCAAAGGUGAUCUGCCGCUGCAUGAGGCAGCUGCCUCGGGAAGACGCGAACUCCUCGAAUGGCUUUUGUCACAGCGGCCCAAGCAGGUGAACACUACCAGCAACGAUGGCCGGAAUCUGUUGCAUAUCGCUGCCGCUAACGAUUAUACGGACAUGUGCAAGAUGGUCUUGGACUAUGGUGGCGAUGUGAAUGCCUUGUAUCGCAAUUCGCGGGGCAUUGUUAUGACGCCGCUUGAUGCUGCACUGCAGCGCGGACAUCGCUCGACAGCUAAGUUUUUGCAGGCCCAUGGGGGUCAGCCUUCGAGUAAGCUGAGACUCGCAGCGCGACGUGGUAAUCCAUUUCAUGAGGCCAACGCUGCGGAUCUGGUGCGACCGUUAAAGUAUGUGGAGAAGGAGGAGCUGCAUGAUUUGCGCAGCUCCAAGAAGUAUGUCGUCUAUCUCAAACGCACUGAUUCCGAUAAUGGCGCGUCACAGAUAGAAAAUGAGGAUGGGGAACAGGAUGCCGAGUGCAGCUGCACAGAGCAAUCGUAUCGCAAGGAGCAACGGAUUGAGCACAUCUGUCGACGCCAUAAGCGACGUCAGCUGCGACGACGCACCAACAGCUGUGGCGAGCACCAGCACGAGAAGUGCAACGAUAUUUGUCGCUCCAAGAGCAACAUUGAGAUAAGCCGACGCAAGCCCAGAGAACGCCGCACCAGCUACAGCAGCGAUGGCGAGAACGAUGAUGAUGAGGAUGAUGAGGACUCCUGCGAGAACUGCUGCUAUCACAAGCGCCAGAAGCAGCGUGUGGUGCAUCGCAAGCGAUCGACACCAUCGCAUAGGUCCAGGCAGCUGCCUGGAAGUGAGGAGAAUGACAGCAAGGAGCUUAGUGGAUCACCCAAGCAGAUUGAGCACAAAGUGCCCAUUAUGCAGGAGGAGCAGGCAGAUAAUGCCAAUGAACAGGCUUCUGAACCAAUCAGCAAGGUUCGAAUGCCAACAGAAACAUCCGGGGCUACCAAAGAGGGCACCUUCAUUAAGUCCCCACCACAGAGUGCCACAAGCGAGAGGCCAGUUGCUGCGGAUUUGGACAGCUUGAAAGUGACAGAGAGCCAUGCUAUGGAACUAACGGAUGAGGAGCAGGAAGCAGCCAAGUCGGUGAUAACCCAAGUGGAUGUCCAUCACGAUGCUGAGUUGCAUUCAUCAAAGUCUUCCGAAGAGGCUCCCGUACCCGAGCCAGUCGCGAAAGAUGCCAAGCGAGAGUUAAGCGAGGAGGAUACAAAAUUGGUGUCCACUGAGGUCGAACAGAUGAUCAAAAUAGCUGCCACUGCACUAAGCAGCGAGUCAAAAAGCUCCACGGAAGAGGCAUCCGUAAAGGACAAAUCCGCAAGCGACGAGCAAAUUGAGCUCCCAUUAAAUGAAGCUACGGAUAAUUCCAGUUCCGCUGCUGCCUUAACCAAAACAGACACAGCUCCCACAGGACCUGCCGAAGCAGUAACUACUGCCACACCUUCUGUUGAGCCCGUUGAGGUUUCUAAGCUCCCAACCGCCGAACAACCGCAGUCAGAUAUCAAGCAGCCGUCUCUCUCCGCGUUAGAGCCUGGCAAAAAACUGGUGCCGACGGCGGCUGCCGAGCCCAAAAGUGAGACAAAAGAAUUGCCACUUACAACGCAACCAACCAAACCGCAAGCUGAGCCCAAAAAUUCGCAACAAAAGCUGCCAUCCCAGCAGCAGAAGGAACAGCAGCAAGAGCAGCCUCCCCCGCAGCAACCACAACGGGAACAGGAAUCUCGACGUUCAUUUACGCUUUUGCCUUCUGAUUCAGCUGAUGAUGAGCCAGCGGCAACUGCUGUUCCUGCCUCUGAUGAGCCCGAACGCAAAUCGAGCUUCCAAGUGCUUAAGAGCGACGACUCCAUGGGUGAUGUGGAGCAAUCAACGCGUCCACCUGAAGUUACUUUCAGUGGUGGCAAUCAGGUCUUUCAAGUGAUGCCUGAUAGCACCGCAGCAGCCAGCUCCAAACUGCCCAGCGUCUCUGAGCUGGAUAAAAUCAAUUAUGAGUACGAGGAAUUCGAUGAUGAUGGGGCUGAUGAUGACGAUAUCGAUGAUGGCGAUGACGUUGAUCCCGAGCACGACAGUGCCUUGCGUCGAUUUCUCAGCACUCGUCAUGGAGUGGGGAGUGGCGAAAUGGAUGCCAAAAGCGAUGCUACUGCAGUCGCUGGAGUCUAUGAUGGACUGGCCAAUGGACGCAAGCGUCGCCUGAAAAAGAGGGUGCGCAGUGGUGCCAAAACACGCAGCAACUGGAAGCAUGCACAGGAGUCAAGGGACGGCACAGAUGUCUUGGCCACCACUAGCAAGGAUCAGGAUUCCGGGUUCGAGCCGAGUCCACGUGCUGAGCGCACCAAGAUACCAACGCCGAGAACAUCCCACACGGCCAUGCCACGUCGUCUCAUCUAUGCCACGCUGGACGGACGCUCCUGCAGCAGUCGCCUGGAGAAUCGAAAGCCCGGGGACAAAGGUGCAUGCGAUAUGGGCGCGGUGACACGCUCCAUUCAAAGGAAUAUCCGCAGAUACUACAUGGAGCGCAAGAUCUUUCAGCAUCUGCUUGAGCUCAAGUCGCUGCAGAUACGCUCCAACAAGCUGAACGAGGCAGUGCUGGUGAAGCGUGCCGUCGACGACUAUCACAAAUCGUGCGUGCUGCUGGGCGGUGAAACUGGCACAAGGCUCAGACGUUACAAUUUCAGCGAGUAUACGUUCAAAAACUUUGAGCUGUUCCUGUACGAGACGCUCAAGGGAUUGCAGAAGCCGGGCACCAACAAUUUUCAAAACAUCAACGAGGUGUACGAGGAGGCGGAGCGGCGCUUGAGUCCCGACUACAAUGCGUACGAGAAGGCGCUGCAGUGCACCACGAAGACACAUCGCUGCCUACACGCGGCACAUGCCUACACGGGCAUACCCUGCGCCGCCUACAUUCCCAUGAUGAAUCACCACACGAUGCCCAAGUUUGGGUUUGGACCGUACAAGAAGGCCGGAAGCGUUAGUAGUUUUUAUCUGCCAAAAAUACUGACCACUGGCCGCGCCUCCAGCGGGCGUGGAGGCAGCGGCGUUGGCGUUGGCAUCGGCGUCGACGUCGGCUUUGGUGGCAGCGGCAAAUGUAGCCACAAAGUUGCUCUGGAGUUGUCGCACGGAAAGAGUAAACAACUAAUUUCACUGCCAGCGGAUAAGUUGGACAGCAAUAAACGUUACUAUGUGACGUUUACAGUUAAAGAUACGCCGGGACAGACCGCUACAAUCGAGACGCAUAAACAAAACCAGCACCAUUAUCUUCAGCAACAACAAACACAACAACAACAACCACAACAGCAAUCAAGUGUUCCAAAUGGCAAGUAGCAUGCGGCGUAUACGUAAUAGGACAUUGCCUAAGCCGCGGGCGUUGGCUUGUGUGGUUUUUGAGCGCGACAUUGCCCAUACGCAGUGUGUGUGCGCUGCUGCCUCAGCAUCAUCAGGCAUCGUGCCACACGCGUCACACAUCAGGCGGCAUCAGGCAGCGGCAAGCAGCAUCAGCAUCUGCUACGCCGCUGCGCCAAAUGCAUUAAAACAA